AUGCGGAGACGCCUGUGGUUGCUCCUCGCCCUUCUGGUAUGUGUGUCGGGUGAAUACCUGAUGGGCGGCCACUUAGACAACAAUGCCGGAUCAACGACUCGAUCCGACAAAGUCGACGGCUCUUCCAUGUUGGGUCGUAAAACACGUCUGGACGACCUUGACCUGGAUCUCGUUGCAGCGGAGAGCACCGUUGCUGCUGACACUGAGGCUUCAGCCGGCGACGACGGUGUUCCACGUUACCAUGUUCCGCCUUUCGCCUUCAACGGCGGCAAACCGUUCUCUCUGGAGAAGGAUCCGAUAACCGGUAAGAUCGACUUCGAGAAAGCACCGCCUGUCAAAGCUCUCAACUACACCGGUCGUUAUCGCGAGCGAGAGGAUAAAGAGAGCAAAAACGGUAACAGGGAUGCUGAGGAGAGCGUGUACACAAGGCAGGAAAAGAUAAGGAACAAGGAUAGGAACGGCCCGAACGAGAUCACGCCUAACUUUCACGAUUUCCUCAACUUACCCGUUCAUUAUUCCUCGGACAAAUAUGGAAAUGACAAGUACCCGUUGAUCUCGAGCUCGUACGCGAAUACGAAGGUACAGAGCGGUACUAACAGUUACAGCACGUACAAUCACAGACAUCAUUUGGACAGCGAUCUGUAUGUACAUCCCGUCAAAAGCUAUCCACCGACAAAAACGAGCACGUACAGAACUACGACUGUCAACGAUCUUAAAACGAAAUCGACAACCACCGCGAGUUCAUUAACAACUACGUCUUUCGCAUCGUCGAUCACGACAAACUCUGCGCUUUCUACCUCAACCAAAGCACCUAUUGUAACUACGUGGAAGCCGUCCAAUACUUCGAUCACAUUUCACUCAGUCGACCGUUUUGAGGCGGAAAAUGAGAAGAAUCUUCUGCCAAUCGAAAAACUACAUGCUUCCACUCACGCGGGAUCUCGUCGAAAUUCAAGCGACGUGUCUCCAAGUGAAGAGACAACAGAUAAGGCACCGGCCACUACUCGUUACAAGGAUCAAUCGAAUCUAGAGAAUUUGGUAGUAGUCCCCGAAAUAAAACCGCAAAAUGAAGAACAUAAAGAAUCGUAUGAUAUUUAUGAAUCAAACGGUGAAAGUGCCGACAACAAUGAAGACAAUUAUUCCUAUUUAUGGUUUGAAGAUUUCUUAAACUUAAAGCAUGUUACGUCGACACCAUCUACGACCACUUCCAGUACAACGACGUCGACGACAACUGCAAACAUCACCACGACGGUGACCGCGUCAUCAACAGAAGCCACGACGUCGACUACAGUUGCGCCUUUACGUUCGGUAUCUUCGACGCUACCCACACUCCAGAAAGACGUACCUGCGAACAGACCACUGCAAUUUCCAACGGUACCGCACCAUCCGAUUAGUUCUACGUCCUUCAACAGAUACAGACCGAAUCCAAUAAUUAAAUUAGAACCAGACAAAAUGGGAGCGGCAGUAAUAGAGAGCGCGAGUAAUAUCGUGAUACCACCAGGUCAAAAUAUGGUGUCCUUUGUUCUGGGAAAUCGCCAGAACGUCGACGGUGGUUAUUACUCGGUCGGAACAGCCGUCGGAGAAAAUCCGUACGGUGGCCCGUCCGAGACCAAUACUCUAUUCUGGCCAUUUCGUAACGAUCCACACAAUCCCUCGAAGGAAGUUAAACAUGAGCAUUUGCCUAUUUCCGUUACUGAAUCGAAUUUCGACCGCGUUACGCAGAAAUGGUCCAGUCCUAAUCCUCUGAAAGACAGCAUUGAAGUCAAUCCGACAAGACUUCAAACUCCUUUCGUUGCUCUCACGGUAAUUCAAGAUACGAAGAAUGCAAGCAAGGAUUCCGGCUACGUAAUUUUCCCAGAAAAGGAACAAACGAAGAACAAAGAUUCAUUGAAGGAGGAGCACACCGUGAUCAUAAAUGAAGCGGAUGGCAGCAUUCACGAGUUACCGCCCAAAAUAACAUUGACAACGUCGACGUCAACGAAUAAAACGAAGUUUAAUCUACCCGCGGACGUCGUCGGAGAUCUGCCACAGCUCGCCGAGGAUUUGGUACCGCCUGCAGAGAGCACCAAACCGCCGUCAAAUUAUUAUUAUUAUCAAUUUGAUUCGCCAAGGCCGAAUCAAGUAAGACCGCAGAGAUUGCCCUUGCCGCCGCGUAUCAAGCCGCAUCUGGGAUUGUCAGUACCUCCGUUGGACGCAGGAGUAAGAAAACGUCCGUACUCGGCGGAUACGAAGUUACCUAACAUUCUACCCCAAUUCCGACCUAACGCGAAAGCGUCGCAUGGUCACCGUAGUCCGGACGUAAUAGGAACGAUGCCGGCUGGGCAAAGUGUACCCACGAGGAUUAGACAGCCGGUUCAUCCGUCACGAAGACCUCUGCCGCUACCACCACUAUCGCAUCUUCAGCGCUUGAAUCCACCGCCGCCACCGAUCCACGCGGUCAAACUGGCCUUCACGCCGACGUCGAAGGUGGACAGCGCGGUCCUGUCUCACGAGACGGAUCCGACGAUACGAAGACUCCGUCCCCCGGUACUACCCGGAUUAUCGUCCAUAUCGCGCGGGGGUUUGGAGGAGAACGUGCCGUCGAAUAGAUUGCUCGCUCAUGGUGGCAGCGGUGACGGCGAGGGCGGCGAAAACAGAAAUGAGGAUCGGGGUAAGAGCGAGAUUACGGACGAACGCGACAGUGAGGGUCCGGAAAAAUAUCCAGAGGAACCGCCAAUGACACCACCUAGACCACCGUUAUUCCCAAAGCGUAGAACGGCGGAUCCACCGCGCGUCGCGACCCUGCAAAUGAUACAGCAUCAUGGUGAAUUCGGCGACGAAGGUGAUGAGGCUCAACUGGGGCAACCCGUGGAACCUGUGCUCGCGCACGAAGCGGAGCGUAGAAAAUCUGACAAUCACGAUCCGUCAGAAAUACCAGAACAACCUGUAUACGUGGUGUAUCCGGUCAAUACCGCGGUCAACAUACACCCGGAUGAUUCCAAUGAGAAAGACGGCAGCGUCGUCGUGGGUACGCGAGGCCCUCAACGACCGUUACCACCUGAUACUCUAUUGCAAAACGAACAGGAUGAUACGCAUACCGUCUACAGCGGCAGACCAGUUGCCUUGGACUUUCCGUAUCCGCUAGAACGGCCCGAUCCAUCGUCCGUCUUUCCCGCCGUAAAGGAGACCCCCGUGCUGAUACCCAGCGAACAGCGACAGCAGCAGCAACAGCAACAGGCUUCCGCCGCGAUUGCGAACGAACGAGAGAAUGAGAAAAAUGAUGCAGUGAAUGUGAUCCCAUAUUUACAGGACUUCUCACCGUAUCGAAAGAAGAACGACGCGGCGAUCUCCGUGACGCUGCAUCGUAUACCACCGAUCGCGACGUCGUCGUCGAGCUUGAUGUCAACUUCGACGCCGAUUGCUUUUGUUUAUACGCCGACGCACGCGCCUUAUCCGACACAUCUUGACAAAGAACUCAAUGUCGAUGAUGAUGCUGCCGUAAACAUUGAUGCGAAACAAACAGAGCUACUGCCUUCGCAGCAACCUUCCAGCUCUUCUAGCUCAGCACCGGCACCGCAAAACUUCAUGGCUCCUUUCGUGGCUAGUAUGAGCGCCGAAACGCCCAGUAAGAAUGGUUGGAGUGUUGUCGUCGUCGAAUCGCCCGCAGGAGCGGAGAAGAAAUCGGAUGGUGAUAGCAACGAGGAGAAACCUAUCGAUUCGGAGAACGACACGCAGACUGAGAGGAAUGAGUUCGAUGCUGAUAAUUUUAAGCCACAGCUCUACGGUGGUUUCAAGCCACUCUACGAGUUUCCCACGGAGGACACGGAGCGUCACGAUGUCGUCGAUAUGGACACCGAGACAAACAUGCCCAGGCACUCCAAAGAAACGUUGCCUGUACCUGAUAGAGGAUAACUUUUAAAGAAUAUCGGCCACUUUGAUUUCUUUUCUCUUGAGUCUUGCUCUCGGACAUUC